AUGGCAGCCAAGACGCCCGAGCAGGAGAUCGCAGAGCUGCGUCAAGCCAAUGACGAGCUCUACCGAGAACACGCGAAUGAGAAGGCUCAAAUGCAGGCAGCGGUGGAGCAGGAGCGGCUACGGACAGCAGAGUUGACACAGACCAUCGAAGCCAUAACCGAAGAGAACGGGCAGUGGCGUGAGAGUUACGCGGCUUUGGACGAAGCCAAACGAUACGCCGAAGAGCAGAUUGAAGAGACCAGACGAUAUGCGGAGGAGCAGUUUGCUGCUGAGAAGGCCGAGCUGGAAGAGCAGAUAGCGCAACUCGAAGACAGCGCCAAGAGCUGCACGUCACAAAUGGUGGACGACCUGGCGGAGCUGGAGCGUCUUCGUGCCUCGGACGCGGCGCACGAGCAGCAGGAGGUGGAACUACAGAGGCAGCUGGAUGAACGUGAUGAUCGCUUUGCUCAGCUAAGUGCAGAGUACGACUCACUGCGUGUGCAGUACGAUCAGCUACAACAGGCGGUGGAAGACGCUCGCAAGUCCCAUGAAGAAGAACUCGCUGCCAAACAGCAAGCGUUGGCAGACAGUUCAAGCAAGAUAGAAGAACUUCAGGCUCAGGUGGCGAGUCUAGAGGGUCAAUUGAAGGCGGCAUCUGCGACUCAAGACGUGCGCGAAGUGAACCAGAACGCGCUGCUGCGUCGUGCCGAGCAGCAGACUCAAGAGAAGCAGGCACAGCUGGAUGAAGCCAAUGCUCGAGUGAAGGCGCUGGAGGAUGAACUGGCACUGCUCUCGCUCACAAGCGGUUCGAAUGACUUUGCCUUGCGGGUCAAGGGGCUUCAGCAGGAGGUUUUCGCCAAGUGUGAGCAGCUCGUCCAGCAAGGCGAGAAACAUCUCCGCGUCGCCGAACUGCUUGACAAGACGAAGAGCGAGCUGGCUCAGCUUAGAGAGGAGGUGGGAGGAGUGCGUCGCACGCUGCUUCGCGGGAUUGGCUUGGAUCCGGCGAUCGCCACCGGUAGUCACGACUCGAGCGUCGAUGACAUGCUGUACCAGCACGUGAAGCUCGAGGAGCUGGUGCGUCUGCGACUGAAGGCGUUGGAGCAUGAGUGGCAGCUCGCUGGAGGUCCAAUGGCGUCUUCUUCGUCGUCUCUUGACCCCGCGACAGACGAAGGCGAGGCAUCGUCGUGCCAUUUACCCAAUGUCGACAACUUCUCAGCCCUGGACGCUCUCGGCCUUGGUGGCGCUGGACGGUUGGAGCGUGAGAUGCGAGUGCUACGAAGCCGCAACAAGCGGCUGAUCGAACGCACUGAACGACUCGAAAGCGAGCUCGACACGGCUCAAGCUGGCCUGCGAGACCUGCAAAGCAUGCGAGAAAAAGUCGUGGAGAUGGUCGGUCGUGAGCGAGUCGAGAAGGAGCUGCGUGCCAAGAGCGAGCUGGCCAACAAGGAGCUGGGCGAGAAGGUCGCCGCUCUCUCGGAGCACGUGGAGAAGCUCAUGGUGCAUCUGAAGCACGAAGCGGCGGCCAAAACACGCGCAGUGGAAGCUCAACGUCGUGUGGACAAGGAGUUACUCGACGCAAAGGACAAGUUAGCCACUGCAACUCGCAAGCAUGUCGCUCAGGACGCAAAGGUGGCGGAGCUGGAGCAGGGCGCGCGAAUCCUGGAGGACCAGCUCCGUCUAAUGGACGAGAAGUUCAUCGACGUGCGCAACAAACUGGACUGGACGCGAUCAAACGCACGCAAAGAGAACAAACAGCUCUCGGCGGAGCUGUGCUCGCUGCGUAUGAAGUGGCAGAUGGCGAGCGACUCGGGCGUCCUCGCUGGGCUUCCCGACUGGGUCUCUGCUACAUCCGUGGCGAAGUUCUCCAAAAAGCCGCCGCUAGGAACCAGCAGCUCCGACUCGCGACUGCCAACGCCUAAAACCUCCAACAACGGUCUUUCGCCCGUGGUAGCAGCGGUGGUGCAGGACGCCUUAGCCAUUGGCAUCGGCGCGCGUGUCAAGUUUGAGAUCCCGAAGUUGCCUCAGCCGGAGGCUGACGCGGGCACACCGUGGUCUGACGCCAAGUUGUCCGUACUUCAACGUCAAUUCCAAGACAAACGCCGAGGCUAA